UUAUCAUUAUUCAAUAAUGGCUCUUUUCUGUAAGCACCUUGAUCAUAUCACAUUACAGGACAUGAAUAAGAAAAAGAAGAAAGAAAAUCCAAGUUUGAAACUUUGUGUGUUGCUUUUACUUAACCACUUGAGAAAAGGAAGGCCCAGUUCUCCAUUUAGUCAGUGAGAAUUUAUUUCCUAAGAAAAUCAUGAAAGCUUGAACCAUUUUAUGCAGGUUUUUCUUUUGUAAGAAAAUUUCUUCAGUUCUUAUCAUUUGAUUACUAAAAUUUCAAGUGGAGUUGGUUAUUUGAAUUUCUGCAAGUUCUUGGAGUACUGGCUCUAGACUAUUACAGCAAUGGCAAGAGUUGCAAGGACUUGUCUGCGGUCAAUAUUGAAAAUUGUGAAUUCGACUUUGGGACUUGUUGGCAUAGCAAUGAUUCUCUAUGGUUUUUGGAUGCUUAGAGUAUUGCAGAGAGACAUGGAAAGUCCAUCUUUUGAUGAUUUUGAUUCUACUGCCCUAUGGUUCAUAUAUACUUUUCUCAGCAUUGGUGUUGCCUUGUGCCUAAUUACAUGCCUAGGCCAUAUCUCUGCAGAUAGCUCAAAUGGGAUUUGCCUUUCUUGUUACAUGGUGAUUAUCUUCUUACUUCUCUUACUGGAAACAUUAGUUGCAGCAGAUAUACUCCUAAAUUCAGACUGGGAGAAGGAUUUACCUGAGGAUCCGACAGGGAGGUUCCAUGAUUUCAGAGAGUUUGUGGAAUCUAAUUUUGACUUCUUCAAAUGGAUAGCCAUGUUCAUCAUCUUAGUUCAGGGAUUUUCUAUAUUAUUGGCAAUGACUUUAAGAGCUCUUGGACCCAACAAUGGAUCCAAAUAUGACAUUGACGAGGAAUACACCUCGGCCAGGCUUCCACUCAUCAAUCCCCAUUCACAAACACCUCCGUACGUUGUCGGUGAACCACGGUUUUCGAUCAAGAAUGAUGCAUGGAAUGCCAACAAGUGAAGGAAAAACCACCAUAUUGCAAUCUGCAGUUUGAUACAGAGAGUCACGAGAGCAGGGAUCAUUGUCGAGACAGACAUUUUGGUUCGGUGGAAGAGCUUGGGAUCGAGAGGGAAUUGAUGGAAGCUACAGGCAUUAUCUAGUUACUAAGAAUUAUGAGCACUUCAGAAGCUUUUAAUCAAAAUACCUAGCCUGUGGAGUGCAUCACCAGCACUUGAAAUUGUUUGCAAUGCUAUGUUGGAGUAUUUGAGUA